AUGCAAAUCUUAACAGAUGAGGAAAGCGAUAUAGAAGUGCUUGAGCUUCAAGGGGACGUCGAAAAUAUGGAUGCAUUUGACGGACACUUUAACAAAGAUCUUGUACAGCUUGAGUUUCCUACAUUCAUAUUGCAAGGAAGAAAGAUUCACAAAGAGCUAAGCAUUCUUCAAAGAGACGUUGUCAACAGCAUUCCCUGCAUAAAGUUAGUGAGAAAGCUUAAGACAGUUUAUCUGUUUGAUAAGCCACCAAGAUAUAGGAGGUCCAUUCCAAACGGCAAAAAACAAAUAAGAGAUUGA